AUGAGUGAUAAACUUGAGAAAAGGGUGCGACUGUUGCUGCACAUUGCCAGAAUUCGCUUUCCCCGUUAUCCCGGAUACUUCCUUCCGGUGUAUGUGCUGCUGCAAGGACUGCGGAAGCUGUGGAAGGCUCUGAAAAUGCGAUCGUUAAAUUUUCACCUCCAACCCAUACCGAAUGGGCUGUUUGAGCGAUUGCAGGCAGACCAGCUGGUAAUUUCGGAACACACCCUGUUCGUUUGCCCGCUCGUUUUUCGCGAGUAUGUUGUGGAGCGUGAAAUAAAUUGGAUUAACCUCGCGCUAAACUUGGCCAAACUCCCGCCGACUGUGGCAUCCGAGGAAAACAAAAGCCUGAUUUCAAUCAUCCUCAACAAGCAGAACACGUCCGUGCUGUGCCAAAUAUGUCCUCAUCCAGGGGUGCCGCUGAACGCACUUUGGGUGAAGGAGAACAUGCUGGAGAAUCUGCGGGAACGCUACCAACGCGGUUGCCACUCGGUGUUCUGGGGCCGCCUACAUCGUGUGACGGACGGCCAGCAUUUGCCGGAAAUUGUCGCCAAAGCAAGCAUCUUCAUCUACCAAACACCGUACGAUCUGAGCACCGAUAUUGUGGACUUUGUGAUGGGCCGGUACUUCGAAACACCCAGGCUGUUGUACCGCAACCACACCUACCAGAUACCCCUGACGGAGCACUUUCUCGGUAACACUUUCUACACAAAGCAUUUCGGCAUCCUGGCCCACAUGAAGGCCUUAUGGUUCAAGUGUCUAAAUCUCGAUUCCGCUUCCGGUGCGUUCGAGAUGAGUGGUAUCGCGUGCAAAGGUCUCACGGCACUUCAGCAGACAACGACGUAUAAUAAUUUUUUGUUACCCGAACGGCUCGACGUAAUGGCACACCGGUCCCGGUGCCCGUUUGGGUUGCAAAAGUAUUUCGAUUCACUGCAUUCAUCAUUGCGGGCGUACCUCCGCGUUGAGAAUAAUGGUCUCGUCCAGAACGGCAUCUGGCCGGUGUUUAUGCUGCGUGGUGAACGAGGAGUCGGGAAGCGAUCGGUGCUUGACGCCGUGGCGGGCAAACUUGGUAUUCCGAUUUAUAGUGCCGAUUGCAGUGACAUAAUGACGGCGAUAAGCUCGCAAACCGAGACGAAACUGAGCAGCGCGUUCGGGAAAGCGAAAAUCUGUGAACCGCUCAUUAUUUGCUUGGAGAAUUUCGAAGUGUUUGGCGUCGACAACGAAGGAAACGAAGAGCAGCGCAUUACGGGUUCGUUUCAGGCGGAACUGACCACGCUCUUUACCGCACGCCACUACUCUCAUCCGAUCAUCGUCGUUGCGUUGGCAAAUCAGAAGGAAUCGAGUGCUCCGAAGCUAACUUCCCUCUUUCUCGAAGUGAUCCAGUUUCAACCUCCGAACGCGACCGAACGGGAAGACAUGUUGCGAUGGAUUUCACUCGGCCACAACCACCGGUUAGCCGGUGGUGCUCGCCAAAAGGUUGCCGAACAGAGCCAAGGAUUCACCCUGUCCGAUCUGGAGCUUCUGUAUGGCAACGCCCUCGAUGCCUGGCGUCAGUCGGGUGACGAAAACCUCAAGCUGACACACUUUGAAACAUCACUCGAACGAAUGCAAGCCUCAUUCUCGGACAGUCUCGGAGCGCCACGUGUACCACGGGUGCUGUGGUCGGAAAUUGGUGGUUUGGCAAAGUUGAAAUCCGAGAUACAGAACUCCAUCGGGCUUCCGUUGCGUCACAAGCACUUGUUGGGGAAGAAUAUGCGACGCUCGGGUAUCCUACUGUACGGUCCACCUGGCACCGGCAAAACACUUAUCGCCAAAGCGGUUGCCACGGAAUGCAACUUAAGCUUUCUGUCGGUGCAGGGUCCGGAACUGCUCAACAUGUACGUCGGUCAGAGCGAACAGAACGUACGGGAAGUGUUUGGACGAGCCCGGACCGCCUCACCCUGCGUCCUGUUCCUCGAUGAGCUGGAUUCCUUGGCCCCAAACCGGGGCGUUAGUGGAGAUUCGGGUGGCGUCAUGGAUCGCGUCGUAUCACAGAUGCUGAGCGAAAUGGAUGGUAUCUCGAAGGACCCCGGACAACAGAUUUUCAUCCUGGCCGCUACCAAUCGACCAGAUUUGAUCGAUCCGGCUCUUCUACGACCGGGGCGCUUCGAUAAGCUGCUGUAUGUUGGACCGAGCUGCACGGUGGAGGAAAAAGAAAGUGUGCUAAAGGCGGUAACUGGUCGUUUCCGGUUGGCAAACAGUCUAACUUUGCGCAAAAUUGCCGAGAGUUUGCACCAGGACAUGACCGGAGCCGAUAUGUACUCGAUCUGCUCGAAUGCGUGGCUCAGUGCCGUGCGCAGGACUGUUAAAGAAGCGAUCGCUGGAGAUUCGAUCAUUGAGGGUCUUGGAGCUGAUCAGGUGAUCGUCUGCGAAGAGGACUUCCGGGAAGCGAUGAAAAAGUUUAUACCCUCGAUCAGUCCCAGAGAUAUGGAGUACUUUAAUCGGUUAAAGGGUAACUUUGGCUCGUAAUGUGCUACGUGCGUUGAGCUGUGCGUCCGUGGACUGUCUAAGGGAAACAGGUUUUCUAAUGACGAUACCUUUAGGAAAGUAACGGGUUUGGUAAUGGUGCUAAGUUCCUGUUUGGCAAAACAAAGGAAAUGGAUCGUGAAACAGUGAUUGAAGAUUGUUUUAAUUCGUGAGAAAAUUAGCCUAAUUAGUUACAAGAGUUAGCGAAUAGCGCAGUGUUCUUUACAUAUAUUUUUAAUCUUCUUGCCGACAUGUAGAUUAUUUUGUAUUUUGUUAUUUCUUUUUUUACAUUGAGUCUACGAAAGCAGAAAUACGAUUCUUUUAAAAGAAAGGUUGAUCUCCUGGGUCUUGUCAAUCGUCUUGUCAACUUAAUACAAAAAUGUAUAAUACAACCUAGAAUGCAACUGAAACAUAAAAAACAUGCAGAAAACUCUUUUCUGCAAAUUGCAAAUUAAACAGCCAUUUGAGGGACACAUAAGUUUUGACACAGCCCCGCAAAAUAUUUCGUAGUAAAUCACGUUGUUUAACGAACGAGCAGCCGAAAACUAACAAA